CUUCUGAUCGGCGCGUCCCAUUUGAGAACGUUUGCGGACGACAUUGUUCAGAUGGCAAGCGGCUGUUUCCAGUUUGGGUUCAUGUCCACUCCUGGUGCUUGCGCAGCUGACUUGCGUCUCGAGGUGUUGAAUGCAGUUCUGCCUCGGGAGCCUGAUGCUGUUUGCGUCAUGGCUCCAUCAAAUAACCUUACGGCCAGCCGUCACCCAGAAGAAGCUGGGCAGGAAUUUGAGAAAUACCUGAAGGCUGUCUGUAGCCGUUGGCCGAAGGUUUUUUGUACCGGCUUCGUUCCUCGUUUAACUGAGCCCAGAGAGAAGCAGACCUUGUUUGAACAAGAAUUCCACCGCAGGUCGGCAAAGCUAGGGAUUCGGUAUUAUCCUCUCGCUGACUACUUCUCUCUGAACUCCCUCAAUCUGUGGUGCCGCGAUGGUAUCCACUUGUCUGACGACCACGGCAUGCAAAUCCUGAAGGAACUGAUUUGGGUGUUUUCCUAUCAGUUCAUGGAGUCCUCAGCACCACAGCCACUGGUGCAGAGUCAGAGAACUCCUCCGUAUCAACCGAGGUUUGUGCCCCGUGUGGUAGUUAAGGGAGAGGAGCGUUCUCGACCUGCUUCUCCACUCCCUACUGAAUGGAUGCUUGUGAGAUCCGGCAGGAAGGUAUGA